AUGCAGGUGCUUUGCCGCGUCGAGUCUGCUGAGAAACACGCCCAUCUGCAGCAGAGCGCACGCUGCCCCGGCUGUCCGCCGUGGGACCCUCCGCAUACUGCGCUCAGCUCUACGCGGCGCGGUGCAUCGACGUUUCGCCAUUUCGGGGAGUCUCAUCAACCACGCGGCGUACCACCCAUUGUCCAUCGAAACAUCGGCGACGCUGCCCUCUUCUCGACGACGUUUGCUCCCAUGCGCAACAAUUAA